CAGUAUCGCAGCUUCACCCUAAAGUAAUUUACAUCGGAGCCUAAGCCAGCACGAGAGUUGGGCAGAAGUAUUUCUUUGGCAGCCGAAGCAAAUCACUUUCAGUUGAAAGCCCAGCUAUCAAGUCGUGAUAUAUAACCUCCCUUCUACCGUAUCCCUCGCUUAUUUUGGCUACGCCUUGACCGAAUUUAAUCGAUUGUGCCUGCCUUCUGAAACAUGGCCGACGUUGAAAUGACCGAUGCCCCAACAGCGCCAGCAAAACUCCGGGGUGCGACUAAGAGCUCUAAAUCAGGCGCCGCUGAGGCCAGCUCCGAAGGAAAGAAGCGGUUUGAGGUGAAGAAAUGGAAUGCCGUCGCUCUCUGGGCAUGGGACAUUGUCGUAGACAACUGUGCCAUCUGCCGAAACCACAUCAUGGACCUGUGCAUCGAGUGCCAGGCGAACCAGGGGUCCUCGACGGCAGAAGAAUGUACUGUUGCGUGGGGAAUAUGCAAUCACGCUUUCCAUUUCCACUGCAUCUCAAGAUGGCUGAGGACGAGACAAGUCUGCCCACUAGAUAACAGAGACUGGGAAUUCCAAAAGUAUGGCCGAUAGACGGUUAUUCACUCGACGGAAAUUUUACACCGAUUACGGAGUCUUUUACAGAUCCAAAAUUUUCUCUAAAUGGGAGGAGCCACUCGAGCUGCGCCGCCGACCACUCGAUAUGGGGUUUGAUUAUGGGUUAUGGUCGGUGUUAUGGCGACAUCAGAGGUUAAUAGGGCAGUAAAUUUGAUCUUUACUUUGAAGCAAGC